AUCUGCAGGUUUAAUGAGCGGUUCGGGAUGGUGACGUCAGCCCUGGGAGAGGAGCCGCGGCACGAGCGGGGGAGGUCGGGAGGUGACCAUCAGCGCGAAAGCACAACUCGCAAGCUCGUGAGCUCCAGCGGUCUGAUCGGCGUCCACGUCAUCGAUCCGUGACGAGUUCGUCCUUCGGACGGUCGAGAUCGUCGCUGGAGUCGGAGCUGAGUAGGAAGGAGGAGACAUGAAGGGAGCUGCGGCGGCGGCGGCGGAGGAGGAGAAGAGGGAGAUGGAGGUGGGGAAGAAGAGGAAGGAGGAGGAGAUCAAAGCAGUCAACGGCAAGGCCGAGGUGUAUGAAGUCGACGACGACGAUGACGAAGAGGAGGAGAACGAGGAUUCGGAUGAGAUCGUGGAGCUGAAGGAUGACGACGAAGAUGGCGGCGAUGACGAUGAUGAGGAAGAUGGUGGUGACGAUGAUGAGGGAGACAACGACGACGACGACGACGACGUGGAGGAGGUCACUCCGCAGGAGUAUCACCGCCAAGUGCAGGCGGCAGCGGACGAUGACGAUGAGGAAGAGGAAGAAGAAGGCGGGGACGGCGGUGAUGGAGACGACGACGACGACGACGACGAUGACGACGACGACGACGAAGAUGCGGAGGAAGAAGAGGAAGAACUAGGAACCGAAUACCUUGCACAACCAGUAGUUCGUGCAGAGGGCCAAGAAGAUGCAAGCGACUUCGAAGCUGGCGAAGAAACCGACGACGACAUCGGAGACGCAGAUGGCACUCGGGGUAAUGGCGGGGGCCAUUCGACGAGGGACGAGAUGUCGUCGAAGCGGAAGAGAACAGCUAAAGAUGAUUCGGAUGACGACGACGACGACGACGACGACGACGGCGAUGACGAUGAUGAGAGGCCACCUAAGCGAUAGUGCCUGGUGAUCAUCUUGCCUCCCCAGUUCGACUGUUGCUUGUUAAUGGACCGGAGACUGAGAUGGCCAGGUUGGGGAUAAGAUCUAAGCCACGAUGAAUCCGGUUGCUGUGUUUGAAAAUUGCAUUAGGACUUGUAAGGAACUUUAAUGUGAAGGUAAUGGGUGACUGUUCCUCCACAAAAACCACAUCUCCCAUGCAUGGUUUCUUUGGAUCUGUAGUGUAAUCAGAUGGUUUCUUGCAAUUUGGUUUGAUACAUCACUAUGAAGUGUAAGGUGUUUAAUAUU